UAUGGCGAUGGCUAGAAAGUAGAAACAAUUAAGGGAAGUGCUCGUCUUCCUUCCGGUGCUCGAGAUGCCGAUGAGAUUUCUAGCUCCAUUUCAUGUCAUUCUCAAUCCAUCUCAAUGUCCAUUUUCUCUGUUCCUCUCUAAGACUGUCACGCCGUCCUGCAUCAAACUUCAAAGGGUGGACGUGGAUCUCAACCAUGGCUUCUCUCGGUUCAGAUCAUCUCUCUCCGCCCACCGGCCUCCUUUCACCACCGGAAGAUAUUCCAUCCGUCUUCCUCCUAAUGAAGUGUGAAUCCAUGAAACAACUCAAGCAAAUCCACUCUCAUAUGAUCACAACUGGUCUCAUACUUAAUCCCCCCCAACAGAAUCGAAUUAUUGCUUUCUGUUGCACCCAUGAAGCUGGUGAUAUGGACUACGCCCGUCUGGUAUUUGACACAAUUCAGGAACCCAAUCUGUAUAUCUGGAAUACAAUGAUCAAAGGAUAUUCCCGAAGUAAACUGUCCAAUUAUGCGGCCUUGAUGUACCUAGAAAUGUCAAGGAAAGGCGUCAAACCCGACAGCUAUACUUUCCCUAUCUUGCUCAAAGCGUUUAGUCGUGAAAUAGCACUUUGUUGUGGAGAGGAGCUACAUGCUCAAAUCCUCAAGUUGGGUUUUGAUUCUAAUGCUUUUGUUCAGAAUGCUUUGGUCCAUAUGCAUCUAUUGUGCGGUCAAAUUGAGACAGCCCGUGUGGUUUUCGAUAAUUGUUCUAAAAGAAACGUGGUUUCUUGGAAUGCCAUGAUUUCUGGUUAUAACAAGAGUAAAAGUUUUGAAGAAUCCCUUAAGCUUUUCAAUGAGAUGGAGAAGAUGAGAGUAUUACCAACACCGGCUACUCUUGUUUCAGUGCUAUCGGCUUGUACCAAGUUGAUGGACUUGGAGAUUGGCAUACAGGUUCACCGGUAUAUCAAAGAUCGCAAGGUUGAACCUAACUUGACACUGGAAAAUGCUUUGAUUAGCGUGUAUGCAGCAUGUGGGGAAAUGGAUGCUGCCCUUGAGCUGUUCAAGAGUAUGAAGAUCAGAGAUGUGGUUUCUUGGACUGCCAUGGUUACUGGGUUCACAAAUUCAGCACAACUUGACAAAGCUCAAGAAUUUUUUGAUCAGAUGCCUGAAAGAGAUAUCAUCUCAUGGACAGCGAUGAUUGAUGGGUAUGUAAGGGCCAACCGUUUCAGGGAGGCAAUGAGGAUUUUUUCUGAGAUGCAAGCUGCAAAUGUCAGGCCGGAUAAGUUCACUAUGGUUAGCAUACUCACGGUUUGUGCACAUCUUGGAGCACUUGAGGCAGGCGAAUGGUUAAGGGUUUACAUAGACAAAAACAAGAUUAAGGCUGAUAUCUUCGUGAGAAAUGCUUUGAUUGACAUGUACUCCAAGUGUGGGAAUAUAGACAGUGCGCAAAAAAUCUUCCAAGAGAUGCCUCAGAAGGACAAAUUUACAUGGACUGCCAUGAUUGUUGGACUAGCAGUUAAUGGGCAUGGGGAAGAAGCUCUUGAUCUGUUUCAUGAGAUGCUUAGGUCUUCAGUAAAACCGGACGAAGUAACCUAUAUUGGUGUUCUUUGUGCUUGUACUCAUGGGGGCCUCGUGGAUAAAGGGAGGGAGUUGUUCAGCAGAAUGACCACCUUUCAUGGGAUUGAGCCCAACGUGACGCAUUACGGAUGCAUGGUUGAUCUUCUUGGUCGAGCUGGGCACCUAAUAGAAGCACAGGAGCUUAUAAAAAAUAUGCCAAUGAAACCAAACUCCAUAGUCUGGGGUGCUCUUCUUGGUGCUUGUCGAGUUCACAAGGAUGCAGAACUGGCUGAAAUAGCAGUAAAGCAUCUCCUCGAGCUAGAGCCUGAAAAUGGGGCCGUCUAUGUUUUGCUUUCUAACAUCUAUGCUGCUUGCAAUAGAUGGGGAGAUGUGCGUGAAGUAAGAAAAAUGAUGAUGGAUCGCAAAAUUAAAAAGACCCCUGGUUGUAGUUUGAUAGAGAUGAAUGGUGUUGUCCAUGAGUUUGUGGCUGGAGACCAGUCCCACCCUCAAUCCAGUGAGAUAUACUCAAAGUUGGAUAAGAUGGCUCAGGACUUGAAACUUGCAGGGUAUGUUCCCAAUACAACUGAGGUAUUCCUAGACAUAGGAGAGGAAGAGAAGGAGAAUGCACUUCACCAGCAUAGCGAGAAAUUGGCGAUUGCCUUUGGGAUGAUAAGCUCACCACCUGGGGCCACGAUUAGAAUCACGAAGAAUCUUAGAAUGUGCAUUGACUGUCACCAUGUGGCCAAGUUGAUAUCAAGACUGUAUGAUAGGAAACUGAUUGUUAGGGAUAAGACUCGCUUUCACCAUUUCAGGCAGGGAUUCUGUUCUUGUAAGGACUAUUGGUGAUAAUCUAAUAGAAGGAUAAAUGCAUUUUAAUUUUCCUUA